AUGAAGCAUUUAUUUCCAAAUAUUCUAAUUAUUUCAACAAUUUUGCUGCAAAUCUCUAAGAUUUCAACAGAAGAAGUGCCAUCCUUUCGCAUUGUGGCACCACAAAAUCUGUGCAAACACAAUGACAGCGAAACGGGAGCAAAGCAACCCGAGGGAGUGACAAUAACUUUUCAACCCAAAGACGGCAUUAAAUUGUCGUAUAAAUUUAAAAUAUUCUUUAAAAUCAUUGGACCAGAACCGCUGACACAACGUGAAACGUUGUUGGUAUGGAAAGCGGUCAGAGCUUUGGAACAGCACCUGAAUAGCAAGGAGAGAUUGCACAUCAUGAAGAAUAAUAUGGCUUUGAUAAAGAAGACACAAGUAGUGCCGGGUGUAAGUUAUAUUUUCCAUGUGGUGGGCAUAACAGAUGCAGGAGAAACUAGUCGUGAACAAGUAUUCACCAUUGAUUAUGCGGAGGGUGUUUUACAGAAUAGCAAUGUGCCGGAGGGUAUUAAUUUCCUGCUUAUAGGCUCAGAGGAAGUUGUGGCCAGCAUAGAGUAUAGUGUCAUGGCUAAAGUUACUUUUUGUAAACCUAAAAAUGACUAUUACAUACAGUGGAAGGUAAGCGAUUUAGAGGAGAGAUAUCAAAUGAUAGAAAAUACCAUUUCAAGUGUUUUGCUGAUACCACCAAAUGCCUUGAGUGCUGAGAGGAAAACGGCCAUUGAAGCGGAAGUCAAGGAGAGUGGUAGCAACAGACUUUUAGCUAAAGAAGUAAUAUGGGUGGAGAUCUUGAACAAAGGAUUCCAGGCCAUGAUUAUACCGUGUGCGGCCAGAAUUGGUGAGGGUACUCAUUUAACUUUUCGUCUAUUUCUACGCAACUACGAUCGUGUACAGCAGCUGGAAAUUAAGUGGUUGGUAGAGGAUGCCAUAACAAACGAUGCUUUGCAGACCAGAGAAGACAAUCAGCAGUAUUUUAAAAUAUUAUUCGAAAAAGCCGGCACCUACCAAGUUGUUGCCCAAGUUAAAAUCAAUGACAUAGUUACUAAGGUUAAGGCCGAUAUUGAGGUGAUAUCUUCGGUGUUUAUCAGCUAUGAUUUUCAGGAAAUACCCAAUUUAAAUCCUUCCUCCUAUGAGGAAUUUAAAUUCUCGGUUAUGGUCAUGAAUAUGGUGGCCAAUUGUGAGGCCAGUUGGUUGAGUGCCCAGGAAGAAGGUUUUCGACUUAUACCCAGUGGUGUCUUGGAUAAAGAGCACUAUGGUUAUACAAAAAUAACCAAUUUGGAGAAGUAUUAUCUGGAGGAAAUUAUAGACUUUACAAAUUCCACAGUAAAUCGGGAGAUUACUUUAAACAUACCCACACAACACAUAAAAACCGAUAUAAUGUGGCCAGGCUUUGAAGGAGAUUCCAUGUAUAAAUUUCGUUUGGAUGUUACUUGCCCCAAACCGUUUACCGAAAAUCCCCAGCAGGGGGACAUAGAAAGCGAACCUUGGAUAAAAGUGGUCACUAGUUACUUCAUCAUAGACAUACACACCAACGCCCCGCCUCAAGCCUUAAUGGUUUUAAUGGAUCCCCUGCAAGGUGUGGCCUUGAAAACUGUUUUCAAUAUUAAUUCUCAUGAAGCAAAAGAUCUGCUUUUGGAUUCUCCUGUUAGUUAUGAACUAAAGGUUAUUAUGGAUAAAUUUGAGUUAUCAUUUGGUAAAUACUUUCAAUACAAAACCUGGGAAACCAUAUUGCCCUAUACUCUUACACCUCUACAAAUAAUGGUGGAAAUAUGUGAUAUUCGCCAGGCUUGUAGUACAAUUAAGAAUGACACAAAAUUGUCUAUAAAUUAUGAAGAAUUUAAUAAUCUAGAUUAUGCAGCUUACGAACAUAAGGUCAAUGGUCUUUUUAUGAGAACCGAUUUCCAAGAUGCUUUAAAUUACCUAAUAAUGGCCACUAUAACCUUCAAAAACACCCAAAGUCCGUUACAUGAAAAAUGGCUGGAUUUUGUUAAAUUUUCCAUUCACAAAGAAAUUGACAAACUUCUGGAGCAGCCAGAAGAUAAAAUCUAUAUUAAUUCAGAUUCAAAAUUAAUAUUUGUAGUAAAAUGCAAAGAAAUUUUAGAUUAUACCCAUCUUAUGAAUAAAGAAAUGCUGGAAAAACUUUUAGAGAUUCUGGAAAACCUAAUGGACUAUACAGACGCAAAAGCCGAUUUACAAAAGCAAGCACGUUUUAAGCGCUCCAGCCGAAAGAGACGAAUUGUUAACCAUUCCCAGCAGUUAUAUACCAAAACUCAGUUGACUUUAUUGGAAGAUUUACUGAAAUCAGAAGAGUACUCUUCGCAAGCUUUACAAAACUUUAUUGGCAAAAUAACAAAUUUAGCCAAAAAGAUGUGCUUAAAUGAAGAUGUAAGUCAAGAGUCCCUAAAAUCCUCACUCGUAUCCUUGACUUUGAGAAAAAUGCAAGGAGCAUUUUUACAACAGCACACCACGCAAAUAAAUGAAAAUGUUUUUGACAAACUAAUACUGCAAUUCAAAACCAUCAAUAUGAAUUUUAUAAAACCUCAAGCAAAAUAUUGUUUAAUCAUAAAGUCUUACAACUUUAAAGAGAAUUUACAAGAUGAUAUCUCGCUAAUCGAAUACAAUAUCUAUGAAAUAAUUGAUACUACACAACUGCAGGAAAUAAAAUUGGGGGAGCUCAACAAAACUCCCUCCAAUGUGCAAUUAGACAUUUAUCCCUUAGAGCAGCAUGUCAACAAAUGUUUAAUGAAAACAUCGUACACGGCACCCUGGUCGCCAGAGCCUUGUAAAUCUUUGGUAAUGGGAAAAUUCCUGAGAUGUUCUUGCUCACAAACUGGAUUCCUUAAAACGGCUCUGGUAAAUAUACCCUCAACAUUGAGACCCAUAAUAAAUAAUGACCUAGCAACUGCUAUGACUUCUCUGCCCACAUUCAUCUCAUUAACAACACGCUCUGUUAGCACGUUUGCCACAUCUACUGUUUCUACAAGAGCUAUUGCCACCACCACUUCCUCUACCACAAUGGCCUCAUUUGUACCAAGUAUUAAGCCAGAAACCAGCAAUGACAUGCAAGUUAAUCCCACUACUUCUUCAUCGGACAUGGAUAUUGUGCAAAAGGCCUCACCUUUGACUUAUAUUAUUCCCCUUAUAUUGGUUUUAAUUCUCUUGUUGUUUGGCAUAUUGUAUAUAUUACAUCAUCGCCGCUUAAAUCAAGCUUCGAAAAUACCCUCUAUUGCAGCACCUUCCACAGUUUUGGAAUUUCGUCAACCAGCUUCAGGCAUUAGAUAUGCAAAUAUAUACGAUGAUCAUUUGUUAAGUGGUAAUUUUUAA